ACUUCCGGUUUGUGGUUGCCAUAGGAACUGCUGCGACGUUUGGAAGUGCCCGGGCUGCUUGGAAUCCCUAGGGGUAGCACCUCUGGAUACGUGCGUGGUCUGCUGAGCCUGAGUGAAAAAGCGAAAGCAGAACUCUGGCAAGGGAUCAUGUCUACCGUCGUAGCUCAGUGGCUGCAUGUUUUUGGUCUUCGAGCCCACGUGGCCAACAAUAUUUUUUUCUUCGAUGAACAGAUUAUUAUAUAUCCUUCAGGAAAUCAUUGUGUGAAGUACAAUGUGGAUCAGAAGUGGCAAAAAUUCAUUCCAGGCUCAGACAAGAGUCAGGGCAUGUUGGCCUUGUCCAUCAGCCCCAAUCGGCGGUACCUCGCCAUCUCCGAGAUUGUGCAGGAGAAACCUGUCAUCACCAUUUAUGAGCUGUCAUCCAUCCCGUGCCGGAAGCGCAAAGUCCUUAAUACUUUUGACUUUCCAGUUCAGAAAUUUAUCAGCAUGGCCUUUUCUCCAGACUCCAAAUAUCUAUUGACUCAGACAUCACCUCCAGAAUCAAACCUUGUCUAUUGGCUGUGGGAAAAGCAGAAAGUAAUGGCCAUUAUUAGAACUGACACUCAGAACAACCCUGUCUACCAGGUGAGCAUUAAUCCCCAGGAUAACACUCAGGUUUGUGUCACUGGAAAUGGAAUGUUUAAGCUUCUGCGUUUUGCUGAGGGAACCCUAAAGCAAACCAAUUUUCAGAGAGGAGAUAUCCAAAACUAUCUAGCCCAUGCCUGGGUGGCUGAAGACAAGGUCAUUGUUGGCACUGAUACAGGAAAGCUUUUUCUCUUUGAAUCUGGAGACCAGCGCUGGGAAACCAACAUAAUGGUCAAGGAGCCCACCGAGAGCUCAAAGAACCUGGAGGUUGUCCACGAGUCAGAGAGCCUGGUCGAAUUUCCACCAGUCAGUUCCCCAGUCCCUUCCUUUGAACAGAUCGUGACGCCCAGUAGCCACAACCAACUGGUCAUGCCCCGGGUGUUCGCCAUUGCUGCCUAUUCAAAAGGGUUUGCCUGCUCUGCUGGACCCGGAAGAGUUCUGCUGUUUGAAAAGAUAGAAGAAAAGGACUUUUACCGAGAGAGCAGGGAAAUCCUGAUUCCUGUGGACCCACAGAGCAGCGACCCAAGUCAGUCUGACAAACAGGACAUUCUGUGCAUGUGCUUCAGUCCCUCGGAGGAAACCCUGGUUGCCAGCACCAGUAAGAACCAAAUCUACAGCAUCACCAUGUCCCUGACAGAGAUCAGCAAAGGGGAGCCUGCUCAUUUCGAGUACCUGAUGUACCCAUUACACUCAGCAUCCAUCACCGGUCUAUCUACCUGCAUCCGCAAACCCCUCAUCGCUACCUGUUCACUGGAUCGAUCUGUUCGCAUCUGGAAUUAUGAAUCAAACACUCUGGAACUUUUUAAAGAAUAUCAAGAAGAAGCAUACACAAUCAGCCUUCACCCAUCUGGACACUUCGUUGUAGUAGGGUUUGCUGAUAAACUACGCCUUAUGAAUCUACUCAUUGAUGAUAUACGUUCUUUCAAAGAGUAUUCUAUCAGAGGAUGCAGAGAGUGCGCCUUUAGCAAUGGAGGCCACCUGUUUGCUGCAAUCAAUGGAAAUGUGAUUCACGUUUUUACCACCACAAGCCUAGAGAACAUCACCAACCUGAAAGGACACACUGGGAAGAUUCGCUCAAUUGUCUGGAACGCAGAUGACAGCAAACUGAUUUCUGGUGGCACAGAUGGUGCUAUAUAUGAAUGGAAUCUGUCUUCAGGAAAGAGAGAGACAGAGUGUGUGCUCAAGUCCUGCAGCUACAACUGUGUUACUGUCUCCCCUGAUGGCAGAAUUAUUUUUGCUGUUGGAUCAGACCAGACCCUCAAGGAGAUUGCAGAUUCUUCAGUCCUUCGAGAGAUGUCAGCAUUUGACGUCGUCUACACGGCAAUUGUCAUCUCCCAUUCGGGGCGCAUGAUGUUUGUGGGCACCUCAGUGGGAACCAUCCGCGCCAUGAAGUACCCCCUGCCUUUGCAGAAAGAAUUCAAUGAGUAUCAGGCUCAUGCUGGUCCUAUCACCAAGAUGUUGCUCACCUUUGAUGAUCAGUACCUGCUGACUACUGCUGAGGAUGGCUGUCUGUUCACCUGGAAGGUCUUCGAUAAGGAUGGCCGAGGAAUCAAGCGGGAAAGGGAGGUGGGCUUUGCUGAAGAGGUGCUCGUGACUAAAACAGACAUGGAAGAGAAGGCUCAGAUUAUGUUGGAGCUAAAGACUCGUGUGGAAGAAUUAAAAAUGGAGAAUGAGUAUCAACUUCGACUAAAGGAUAUGAACUACUCUGAGAAGAUUAAGGAGCUUACAGACAAGUUCCUCCAGGAAAUGGAGUCCUUGAAAACCAAAAACCAGGUUUUAAGAACAGAAAAAGAAAAGCAGGAUAUAAGUCACCGUGAGCGCAUAGAAGACCUCCUAGACAAACAGAACCGGGAGCUGCAAGACCUGGAAUGUUGCAACAACCAAAAGUUGCUUCUAGAAUAUGAGAAAUACCAGGAGUUACAACUCAAAUCCCAAAGGAUGCAGGAAGAGUAUGAAAAACAGCUGCGAGAUAAUGAUGAGACCAAGAGCCAAGCCCUGGAGGAACUGACUGAAUUUUAUGAGGCCAAGCUGCAAGAGAAAACCACCCUUCUGGAAGAGGCCCAGGAGGAUGUCAGGCAGCAGCUGCGGGAAUUUGAAGAGACCAAGAAGCAGAUUGAAGAAGAUGAAGACCGAGAAAUCCAAGAUAUCAAAAUCAAGUACGAGAAAAAACUUCGGGAAGAGAAGGAAUCCAACCUGCGGCUCAAGGGAGAAACAGGCAUUAUGAGGAAAAAGUUCAGCAGCCUGCAGAAGGAGAUCGAAGAGCGAACCAACGACAUUGAGAUGCUGAAGGGAGAGCAGGAGAAGCUGCAGGCAGUCAUCAGGUCCCUAGAGAAAGACAUUCAAGGCCUCAAACGAGAGAUCCAGGAGAGAGAUGAGACAAUUCAAGACAAGGAGAAACGAAUUUAUGAUCUGAAAAAGAAGAAUCAAGAACUAGAGAAGUUCAAGUUUGUGCUUGACUACAAAAUAAAAGAGCUGAAGAAGCAAAUAGAACCUCGAGAGAAUGAGAUCAAGGAGAUGAAGGAACAGAUUCAGGAGAUGGAAGCUGAGCUGGAGCGUUUUCAUAAACAGAACACGCAACUGGAACUGAACAUCACAGAGCUGUGGCAGAAACUAAGAGCCACCGAUCAAGAGAUGCGCAAAGAGAAACAGAAGGAGCGGGACUUGGAAGCAGUGGUCAAAUGGUUUAAGACAGACCUUCACAACUGUGUGGCAUAUAUCCAGGAGCCCCCGCUGCUGAAGGAGAAGGUCCGAGGUCUGUUUGAGAAGUACGUGCAGCGGGCAGACAUGGUGGAGAUGGCAGGGCUGAACACAGACCUGCAGCAGGAGUACGCCCGCCAGCGGGAGCACCUGGAAAGGAACCUGGCCACGAUCAAGAAGAAGGUGCUCAAGGAGAGCGAGCUGCACCGCACAGACUAUGUCCGCAUCAUGCAGGAAAAUGUUUCCUUAAUCAAGGAAAUUAAUGAACUCCGUAGGGAACUGAAGUACACCCGCUCUCAAGUUUAUGACCUUGAAGCUGCUCUGAAACUGUCCAAAAAAAUCCGAACACAAGAAGAUCAAGAGACAGUCCCCAGCAGGGACUUGCCCCGCGUCUCUCCCAUCAGGAGGCUGAAGGAGCAAGAAGAAACCAACAGAAUCAUCGAAAUGCAACGGCUAGAAAUCCGGCGGCUCAGAGACCAGAUUCAAGAACAAGAACAGGUCCCAGGGUUCCACACUAUUGCUGGAAUUCGGCUUCCUUCCAUGCCUGAUUCAGAUGUCAAUAUGAUGAGCAAGUGA